GGUGUUUGUGGGUACGUGUCCUGACAUGUGUCCGGAGAAGGAGCGUUACAUGAGGGAGACCCGGAACCAACUGAGCUCUUUUGAGGUCAUCCCCAACACGGAGAAGGUGGACCACACUGCUGCCAUUAAGGAGUACAGCAGGUCCUCUGCUGACCAGGAGGAGCCCCUCCCCCAUGAACUGCGGCCCCUUACUGUGCUGAACAUGACCAUGAACUACCUGGUUACCCAGGUCAUGGACCAGGGUGAGGACAACUACCGUGACUGGUAUGACUUUGUGUGGAACCGCACACGAGGUAUCCGGAAGGAUAUCACUCAGCAGCACCUGUGCGACCCGCUUACGGUGUCCCUUAUUGAAAAGUGCGCCCGCUUCCACAUCCACUGCGCACACCACCUGUGCCAGGAGCCCAUGAUGUCCUUUGAUGCUAAGAUCAACAAUGAAAACCUGACCAAAUGCCUGCAGAGCCUCAAGGAGGUGUACCAGGACCUGGCCAGCAAGAACAUCUACUGCCCUCAUGAGGCAGAGUUUCGGCAGUACAGCGUGCUCCUGAAGCUCAAUGAUGGAGACAUCCUCCGGGAGGUGCAGCAAUUCCGGGCGGAGCUCCGAAACUCUCCGGAGGUGAAGUUUGCCGUCCAGGCCUUUGCCGCUGUCAACAGCAACAACUUCGUGAGGUUCUUCAAGCUGGUCAAGGUGGCCUCGUAUCUGGCUGGUUGCAUCUUGCACCGCUACUUCGACCAGGUGCGCCGUGAGGCUCUGCGGGCCCUGAAUGUGGCCUACAGCUCCCGUGGUUCCACCACAUUCCCGGUCGAAGACCUGGUCCGGAUGCUCAUGUUCCAGAAUGCCGGCGAGGCUUCGGACCUCGCGCUGCAGUAUGGGCUCGCGGUCGAUGCCGGCAUGGUGGAGCUAAGCCGGACAGCGUACCAGGAGCCUGAGAUCCAGCCACGUCCAAAGCGCUCUGUGGCCAUCGCAAGGAAGCGGGAGGUGCUGGUGGGCCAAGUGGUCAACGGCGCGCCACUGCCCAACCCACCCCAACACACACCCGUCAACAGCUUUGACAGCCGCAACAAGUACCGUGGGGAUGGGCAGCCAGCGGAGGCAGGCAGUGUGCCCAGGGCUGCAGCCUCCCCUCAGAGGCCCCCCAUUGAGCUGGAUGCGCGGGCCCUCCAGCACCGAUCCAAGAUGCCGAGCGACCCAGCGGAGUCAGCUGGCCUCCCUGGUAGAGAGGAGAGUGGAGCACUUGGGGCAUCUCCGUCGGAGGCACCACCAGUCGCCCCACCUACGCCUCCCCCACCGGAGCCCGUUUACACAGAGCAGGACAUCGCCACGGAGGUAGAGGCCAUGCUGGAGGAGGUAGUGCAGGCCGAGGUGGCUGACGUGGCUGCCACCGGAGCCGAGUACAUCUCUGCUGCACUCAGCAUGUGCAACGGCCAGGUGGAGGCAGUGCUGAGUGAGGUGGUGGAGCAGAUGCUGCGGGAGGUUUCUGCUGCCGAGAUCCAGGCAGAGAGGGAGCAUAUCGCUGAGGAGAAGCGCAGGAUGGAGGAAGCCAGGAGAAAGCAGGAACACGAGGAGCUCCUGGCCCGGCUCAGCAAGACACUGUGUGCCGAGAUCACACAGGAGGUGCUGCGCGACUGCAUCGUGGAGACUGCCUCAACAGAGAUCAGGCGUGCCCAAGAAGAGCAGGCAGAAUGUGUGGCUCGCAGCUCACAAGACGUGUGUGAGGUACUGCUGGAGGAGACGCUGUGUGGUGAGCUCACCCUGCUGGCCCAAGACGUCCUGGAAGCAGAGCUUCUGAGUAUACGCAGGUUCAUCAAAAGGUGGCGUGAUGUGGUGGCCGUGCGCAGGCAGCUGAAGCGACAGAUGCGUGAUUUUCCUGCUGCCCCUGGCUGUGUGGACCCCCGCUUCAGGCUGCAGGCCUUGGCCCCCAGUGCCCCCCCCUCACCCUGCCUGGACAGGCUGGCCCGGGGCGUGGUCAACCUGGGGCACGCUGGGGACCUCUCUGUUUCCUGCACCAGGUUGGCGAAGAUGCGAAGGGAAACCGAGCAUCAGAUGAAGGUUCACUUGUUCUACCAGCAG